AUGAGUGGAAAAAUUGUUUUGUAUAACUUGAACUUAAGCCCACCGGUGCGCGUCGUCAAAACGGUUGCAAGAUUACUUGACUUGGACCUUGAAAUCCGUGAUGUCGAUUUAUUGAAUGGUGAACAUCUUAAGGAACCCUACAUUAAGUUGAACCCAGAACAUACAGUUCCAACGCUAGUUGAUACCGAUGGCUUUGCUAUUUGGGACAGUCACACAAUUUGUGCAUAUCUAGUGGACAAAUACGCCAAAGACGAUUCGCUUUAUCCCAAAGAUUUGCAAUUAAGAGCCAGAUGUAAUCAGCGUCUUUUCUUCGAUGCAUCCAGUUUGUUUGUACGCUUGCGUGACUGUUCUGUACAUGUACUAUGGAAAGGUGGUAAGGAGGUGCCAAAGGACAAGGUCGAUCCAAUUUACGCGGCCUAUGACAUUUUGGAAGUAUUCUUGGCUUCGGAUCCGUUUUUGGUCGGAAACAAGUUGACAAUCGCUGAUAUUAGUGUGUCAAUUACUCUGGGUUUACUUGAAGUUUAUGCACCACUUCAAAGUGAUAAACAUCCAAAAAUAUUGGCUUGGUUGAAACGUGUCAAAGAAACGAUACCAUUCUUCGAUGAAAUCAACUCAAGCAGCCCGGAACAAUACAACAAAAUGAUUCAGGGAGCCCUGGAGAAAAAUAGACAAAGUUAA